GGACGGGACGGGACGGGACGGGGCUCUGCGGGGCUGGGCCGUGGCGGUACCGCCGUGCCUCCCCCAGCGCUGCCCUUGCCUUGCAGCGAGCAGCAGCAGUACCCGGAGGAGACGCUGAACAUCGCCAAGUCGGCCUUCACGGCGGGCGUGGUGGGCUGGCUGUACGGGGGGCUGCCCGCCUUCAUCAGCGCCCGCAAGGCGUUCAUCGAGAGCAGCCGCGGCGAGAUCUUCCAGAACCGCGCCGAUGCCGUGCAAUCUGCACACCGUGCUGGUGUCCGGAGUUUCAUCCGCUACGGCUGGCGCUGGAGCUGGAGGGUCGCGGCUUUCGCCACCAUAUUCAACGUGGUGAGCACGGGCCUGGCUGCGUACCGCGAUAAAACCACCAUCAGUAACUUUGCUGCAGCAGGAGCCUUCACAGGAGCCCUGUUCAGAAUGCACUUGGGCCUGCAGGGCCUGGCAGGUGGCAUCGUGUUUGGAACAGCGUUCGGGGUUCCUGCAGGAGGCCUCCUGAUGGCAAUGUAUGGCUUGGCUGGUGAGACCCUGCAGGAGAAGAGGAGUCGUGAGCGCAAGGAGCUGUACGAGCAGAGGCUGGCAGAGUGGCAAUCCAGGCUCAGUAUGACUGAAAUCUUAGGCCAAACAGAAAACAAUGCCCAGGGAAGACCAGAGAUGGAGAGAGCAGCAGAAUUGAAGAGCUACUGAGUCUUCUCCAGAUCUCUGUUGUAAGAAGAAUUUUGAUCCUGCUUGUAAAAGCCUUCAGUCAGGGGAUCAUGGAAGUUGUCUGUGAAUGCAGUUGUAUCCUGUGAAAAAGUGUUUUGUUGAAAACAUUGUUCAGGGAUGGGUAUCACUGCACAAAGAGCUUGGAAGGGCCAAACCUGUUCCACCUGAGAAGGUGGAAAUGCAGACUUUACAGACCAGGAAGUAUCAUCUGGGUUUGGCAGGAAGUGAGGAGUCCAAAGCCUCACCUAAAACCCAUUUCACUGCUGAAAAUGUGCAAACCACCAGUGAUGUAGAAAUACUCAAGGUAAAGAAGCCUAUGGAUGGUUCAUGUGCUAAAGGUGCCUUGAUUCCAAAAGUUAAUUAUGCCCUGAUGAAAGCUGCUCUUCAGACAGUGCCUGAAGAACUUGGUUCCUACAAAUACUUGGGGUAUUGGGCAGUCAGUGUGGAGGAGUGAGAAUUAUAUUAAAAUACCCUGAAAAAACAUGAUUUGGGUUCCUCAAUAGAAGCCUGAGGGGGCCACAGAAAGCACAACUUAUUUCUGGUAGUGAUGGUGGAAGACUUGGCACUGUGAACACUUUUAAAAAUAAGAAGGCCUCUAAUUUCAUUUGCAAGUUGGAAAUUAGGGGGUGACCUUUGGGGGAAGUGUAGUUCAAGACACUCAAUAAAGCCAUCCAGCAGUGGUGACUGUGUCCAUGAGCUCUUUAUGUCAGUACAGCAGGUACUCUGUGCUAGUGCAGUGUUGGUACUAGAGAAGCAUCCUCGAGUGAUAUUCCUUGAGAAGAGCUCUAAGGUCCCACCAGAUAUUCCUCUACCCAGGCAGUAACAAAGGCAAGAGCCAUGAGAGGUGCAGCUCUGUUAUUUUGUUCCAGAGAUGAACUGUUAAGUCAGAGCUGUUACCUGUGGGUGGUGCUGGAGUUACUCUGAAAUGUUCUGUGCUCAAAAGGGUGAGCUGGCCCAUCACUGUUCCUCAAAGCAGGAAGUCAGAA